AUGAGUUCUUCUGAAGAUGAAAUGGGAUUCAAUGAUGAACGGGAUCUGCUUUCCAAUGGAGAAGAAGAAGACUGGAAUGUUCAUCAUCAGGAAGAAGACAACACUGACUUUGAGGCGGUGCGGAGGAAAUGGAGACGUAAACUGCGGCUGAGAGAGCUUAGAGGAAGGAAUCGCCGGUUUGAUAAUGCCCAUCACGAAUCAUCUGAUGAUGAUUCUCAAAGUGAUGGCGAAUCGAAUUUUCCGAUGACUGGCAACCAAAACAUGGAGGCUGGUGUUGAUGAGAAUGAGGAUGCAUGGAAAGAUUCAAUUACGAAACUUGGGAUUCCCGAAGAUGGUCAAAAUCUGAUAUAUGACCUGUUCUCCAAGUACGACGAAAUGUAUCGGACACCUGGCGGCCGUGGUUCUACUUCCGGCGAUGCUACUGCUAUUGAACAUCAAAACCCAUUUUUACCAAACUCCGGCGUUACCCCCAAAAAUGCUGCACCGCAGGAAACUGAUAACGUUCCUGAUCAGGGCCACAAUGCGAAUGAAUCUCGUCAAUAG